AUGGCAGGUCGAACCUUGCGGAUAGGUCUCAUCCCCGGUGACGGGAUCGGGCGCGAAGUCAUUCCGGCCGGCAAACGCAUUCUCGAGUCGCUCCCCUCGUCGCUGGGCCUGAAGUUCUCCUUUGUCGACCUCGAUGCAGGCUUCGAGUGCUUCAAGCGCACUGGCACUGCGCUGCCAGACAAGACGGUAGAGACACUGCAGAAAGAAUGUGACGGUGCAUUGUUCGGGGCUGUGAGCUCCCCUACAACAAAAGUCCAAGGGUACACGUCUCCGAUCGUGGCCUUGCGCAAGAAACUCUCCCUCUACGCCAACGUCCGCCCCUGUAAGACGACUCUCUCCCCGGCUUUCCAAUCGCCCGUCCCGCACCCCAUCGACAUGGUCAUCGUGCGCGAAAACACCGAGGACCUGUACGUGAAGGAAGAGAAGACCUACAGCGACGGGGAAGGCGGGGAGAUCGCCGAAGCGAUCAAACGGAUAUCGAGCAAGGCGAGCUGGCGGAUCGCGAACAUCGCGGGCGAGAUCGCGCUGCGCCGGCAGCGGAUGCGGGAACAACAACAGCAGGGUUCGUCGGCGCAGAAGCAAGGCAUGGUCACCAUCACGCACAAAUCCAACGUCCUCUCCCAGACGGACGGGCUCUUCCGCUCCACGGCGCGCGAAUGUCUCUCUCAGCCGCAGUUCUCCUCGCUGAAAAUCGAGGAGCAGAUCGUCGACAGCAUGGUGUACAAGCUGUUCCUCCAACCGCAGUACUACGACGUCAUCGUCGCGCCCAACCUGUACGGGGAUCUCCUGAGCGACGGUGCCGCCGCGCUGGUCGGCUCGCUCGGCCUCGUGCCCAGCGCCAACGUCGGUGAAGGCAUCAUCAUCGGCGAACCCUGCCACGGAUCGGCCCCGGACAUCGAGGGCAAGGGCAUCGCCAACCCGAUAGCGACCAUCCGGAGCGUGGGCGUCAUGCUGGAGUUCUUGGACCUGCCCGAAGCCGCGCAGCUGGUGUACAACGCCGUGGACGCGUCUUUGGGAGAGGGCAAAUUCGUCUCUCCCGAUCUCGGCGGCAAGGCGACAACGACCGAGGUCGUGGACGACAUUAUCAAGCGACUAUAA